AAGAAUCGUGUAGACGUGUCGAAAAGUGUUGAAUUUCUUUCAAAUUUCAAGGGAAAUGAAAAGAGAAGUACAACCGAAAAAGAUCGAUUUUCAGAAUUUUUAGUUUGAAGAUCCAGCUAGAGGUCUGCUACUCUUUAUCAGUGGGCAGCAGAUGUCAAACAAUAACGAAGGAAAAGACUUAGUCGUUGGUGUAACAGAGGAAUCAACUUCAGAUAUGGCCUUGGCAGAAGACUUAAAGAGUGGAACACAGAAUGUUUUGAAGUAUGCUUCACUUCUCACAUUAACAGUUCAGAAUGCAGCAUUGGGUUUAACCAUGAGAAUGGCACGAACCCAAAAAGACCUGUUCAUUGCCAGCACAGCUGUGGUUAUUGCAGAGUUUGUUAAACUAGUUACAUGUCUGAUUAUGGUGUUUAUAGAAGAAGGAAGUUUUAAACGUUGGAGGACCUCUCUACUCAAUAUUGUCAUUAAGCAACCACUUGAUACCCUCAAGGUAUCUGUUCCUUCCUUGGUGUACACACUACAGAAUAACUUAAUUUACAUUGGAGCUACUCAUCUUGAUGCUGCCACAUGUCAGGUUACGUACCAGCUCAAGAUCUUGACAACUGCACUCUUCUCUGUUGCCAUGUUAAACAAGAAACUCUUCAUGUUGCAGUGGGUGGCUUUAUUCUUCUUGUUUAUUGGUGUAGCAUUCGUUCAGUUUGCUCAGGCAAAUACAACUCAAAUAAACCCUGCAGGACGCGAACAAAGUCCUUUCUUUGGAUUCCUGGCCAUAUUUACUGCUUGUUGCCUCUCCGGCUUUGCAGGAGUAUACUUUGAGAAAAUACUGAAGGGAAGUGAUAUUUCUGUGUGGAUGAGAAACGUCCAGCUGAGCACUUUUUCUAUUCCAAUUGGACUGGCCACGACAUUUCUUAGCAGUUACAGUGAAGUUCAAGAGAGGGGGUUUUUCUUUGGCUAUACUAUGUUGACCUGGUUUGUCAUACUUCUUCAAGCUUUGGGUGGCCUUUUAGUGGCCGUGGUUGUCAAAUAUGCUGAUAACAUUCUGAAGGGUUUUGCUACGUCUUUAGCUAUUGUACUUUCUUGCAUUGUUUCUGUUUAUGCUUUCCAGUUCCACCUUACUGGUCAGUUUGCUCUGGGUGCAGGACUUGUGAUAAUGUCCAUCUUUUUGUACAGCAAACCAGCAUCAGCUCACAAGAAGACCAAUGGUCAAGAAAUUGGAAAAAGAACUUACGAAAUGAAAAUCUAAGGAGACUAUUGUGAUUGGAGUAUCUUUAUACUGUAUUACAGUUCUUCUGCAUUUCAAGUAUUUAAACACAAAGCUAUAAAGAAAAAUAUUGUACUCUGCAUGAUUUGGAAAUGUAAUUUAUUUGGAUGUUCUCUUUGUUAGUUAUUCUUUUAGACCACUAUCUUGUUUGAAGUGAAGGUUGUUAAAAAGACAUUGGUGUUUCAUGUAAGGGGUUUUUUUUUUUGGGGGGGGGGUUUGAAAAGAAGCCAUUUUACAUAGCUCUUUUAGACUGUUCAUCAGAAAGGGUUAAACAUGAUUACUCACUUGUAAACAUUAAAAAUGUUUUUAGUUAAAUGUUUAUUUUUGGUAUAAUUAGAUUAAUUUCCUCAUGUGCUGACAGAAAUUUUACGAAAAUUCUGUGAAAAACUUAUUGUUUAUUUUUAUAUAUAUAUAAUUCCAUGUGAAAUCAUGGACAUAGUUUUAAGGCUACAAGAUGUUAUCAUAUGGCAGUGAAAAUACAGUUUAAGCACACCAAUUGUUGCAGUGGACAAAAUUAUAAAUGCAAGGCACUUCCUGGCAUAGAUUACUGUCAUGCACAAAAAUGAAAACUAAUCCAAUUGGAUUAUGCUGUUAAAUGUAGUAUUGAUGUGAUUUUAUUUUCUGUGUAUGUAAGUUAAACUUCUCAAAAAUGCUCCGACAUAUUUUCCCCAAACUGUUAAAAAGAAUAUUUUUCAUGUGUUAUAAGCAAUAUUGUUUUAACACCAAGUGCUCUAGUAAGUGUACCUUAUUUUACAAAUUUGGUAAAAUUUUGAAAACUAAAAAAUACACAGAUUUGUCAGUAAAACAGACGUAUCUCAUAGAUAUGCAAGAGGUUGACUGCACGCUUGCCAAAUACUUCCCAGAAUGGAUUUUCUAAAUUUCUUUGAG